AUGAUUGCUGCCCAGGAAGACAAGCAGCAGACCGAGCAGUUGUUGGCAGAGACGGUCGAGGUGGUACGGCAGGUUAGAAGCCCAGGGUUUGCCGAUGUUACAAGGGAGGAAAUGCUGGAGUUAGUCAACUACAACCAAGAAAAUAAUACUGAAGACCUGCUGGAGGAGGACAACAUGGAAGGGGACCAUAUCGAGCAACCUGAACAACAACAACAACAACUUCAGCCAAGGGAAGUGGCAGAGGGUCUUUUGGAAGCAGAAGGGGAAGCUGAUGAGGGAGCAGAACCAAUGGAAGAUGCUGAGCUCGACAUGGAUGAAGAUUUCUCUGGAUUUAUUCGAGAACAAAUGGCAGAUGUGGAAAGGCAACACAGAGUGGAACUGUUACGUCAGAGACUGGAAGAGGAAGAAAUGCAGAAUGGCGGAGACAGUGUCGGCGGAGGCGGUGUCAGCGGCGGUGGCGGCGACAGCAGCAGCUGCAGCAGCAGUGCGAAAGUUGAGGCUCUACUGGAUACGUCUGAUUCAUCUUACAAGACAGAUGAAUCUGAAUCAGAUGAUGAUGACUCUGAUUCUGAUGAAGUCUCAGAUAACACUGAUGAUCCUACUGAAACUGAAGAUGUACCUGAUGUAUCUGCAACCUCUGUUGAACAUGAUGACGCAUUGAUCCCAACUGGAAAGUGUGCAAGAGAUGGAGAUAUUGCAGUAAAACCUAAGAGUGUUGUAGAGUACAACAAAAUCAAGAAAGGAGAUGUGUCAGACCAGAUGUCAAAGCAGCAGCAUUACCUGGUAGAAGCUGAAGGGCAAAAACGUACCUCCAGGAAGAGAUGUGUAAGCUGCUACAAGAUGACAUCAAUAAAUGAAGGCAGCAAGGUGGCUUCAAAGAAAGCUAAAAAGGUGUCCACUUUAGAGCCCAAGGCGAUCAUUGUUGAGUGCUCUAAGGGUGCCCUUGGACCCUGGUCCGAGAGGGUGAGCCCAAGAAAGGUGCUCAGACUUGACUACUGA